CCCUCCGCACUCUCUCCUCACUCCAAUUCCCCAAUUGCCAAAUCCUCCUGCAACCUCGCGCCCUCCACUUCCCAACCCUCCCGCUCCGAUGGCCCGCACGAAGCAGACGGCGAGGAAGUCCACCGGCGGCAAGGCGCCCCGCAAGCAGCUGGCGACCAAGGCGGCCCGCAAGUCGGCCCCGGCGACCGGCGGAGUGAAGAAGCCCCACCGCUUCCGCCCCGGCACCGUCGCGCUCCGUGAGAUCCGCAAGUACCAGAAGAGCACGGAGCUGCUGAUACGCAAGCUCCCCUUCCAGCGGCUGGUGCGGGAGAUUGCGCAGGACUUCAAGACCGAUCUCCGCUUCCAGAGCUCCGCCGUCGCCGCGCUGCAGGAGGCCGCCGAGGCGUACCUCGUCGGGCUCUUCGAGGACACCAACCUCUGCGCCAUACACGCCAAGCGCGUCACCAUCAUGCCCAAGGACAUCCAGCUCGCGCGCCGCAUCCGUGGCGAGAGGGCCUAGAGGGCGUGGUUCGCCGUCUUUUGUGGUGCCUGCCUGAUCGGGGGAAGUGUAGAGAUGUGUUCCUAAGUCACUUAGCCUGUGUUAUGUCGUUGUGAGGUAGAAGUUUUAUUUCUCGUGAUGUGGUUCUGUCCUGGUGAUGUAGCGUCUGAUGUAACCUCUCAUUAUCAUCAGCAAUGGAAACUUAAUUAUCUGAUA